AUGCACACGCGUUCUAAAGGUUUGCCUCUAGAACCUUUCGACUCUGAGAUCGAAGCAUCGAACCGGAAGAGGAACGCAUAUAGGAGGCUCACGCAGAAAAUUCAAGCUUCUUCGCCUACACGCGCAGGGGCAUCUUCAUAUCAGAGGGAUCUUUCACCUAUCCGGUCACCAGUACAGGAUCAUAUUCAGUUUAAUCUCGUUUCUCCUAGUCUGAUGGAGAACGAAGAGGGUAACAACGUUCCACCACCUCCGCCCACUAAUGCCGAGCUUCUACGGCAGCUAGAGGAGCUGCGUCAACAAGUCAAUCAUAGACAAGCUGUGGUGCCUGUUCAGAAUCAGUAUGCAUACCAAGGCCAGGCAAAUCCAACUGUCCAUAGCAACAUCGCAGCCAACACCUUUGAGCUGAAAAGAGGACUUAUUCAGAUGGCAGAGAAUAUUGCUUUUAGGGGCAAAUCCACAGAUGAUCCGAACAAACACAUCACCAAGUUCAUUCAGAUCUGCAACACUACGAAGUUGAAUGGAGUGACAGAUGAUCAGAUUCGACUUAGGCUGUUUCCCUUUUCCUUAGAGGAUUCAGCAAAGGAUUGGUUGGAUAGCUUGGAGUCGGGCUCAAUCAGAACAUGGGAUGUUAUGGUAGAGAAGUUUUUAGAAAAGUUUUAUCCCCCCAGUGAGGCGAUUAAGAGGCAACAUGAGAUCAUUGCCUUUCAGAUGAACCCUGCGGAGAAUAUCAGAGAAGCAUGGGCGAGAUUCAAAGCCUUGAUGAAGCGAUGUCCCAACCAUGGGUUAACCCCGACAGUUCAAGUCAUUACAUUUUUUAAAGGAUGCGUGCCUAAAGCACAACGGGAGUUGAACUUGAGCUCAGGCGGUAAUUUUCUCAAGAAAGGAGUGAAUGAAGCCAUGGAAGUGAUUGAGGAGCUCGCAUCUAAUGACGAAGGAUGGAGCAACGAAAGGAGUAAGGUGCAUAGAGUGGCUUCUACUACAGAUCAUAAUCCUAUGAGUGCCCUAUCCGACAAGUUGGAUGUGUUGACCAUGAAAUUUGAUUGCAUGAUAAUGGGGAAACCUUCUCAAGAGCCCCAAGGAAGUAUGGAGGAUGUGAACUAUGUGAAUCAAGGGGGCAACAACAGGUACUACAAUAAUCCACGCCCCAACUUUCAUGGUGGAGGAUAUAAUCAGUAUGGGAACACGGGGCAUCCCAAUCUCUCUUAUGAGAACCCCAAUAAUGCUCUGCAACCACCCCCAGGGUUCACAGUUACUGAUGGAGUGGUUAAUGAUCCGAAGAAGAUGACCACAGAAGACAUACUCAAGUCUUUCAUGCUACAGUCCAACAAGCUCAUGAAGCAGAACAAUCAAAGGAUGGAGAAAGUUGAGAAAGAUGUGCAAAGUAUAGUCACCCAUCUGAAGUUCGUAGACACACAGCUGAGCCAGAUUGCUCAGGCUGUGAGUAUGAACCACAAGCCUGGGCAGUUCCCAGGCCAGCCAAAUGAGAAUUCGAAAGGAUGUAUGACCAUCCAUCUGAGGAAUGGCAAGAUGUAUGAAGGCCCAUCUCUGUCUGAGACCACGAAGGACGCUAUUCUUGAGCCUAAGGCUGCCGUGGCAGAGAAACUGAAGGGCAAGAUAACUGAACAAAGAGACAUUGGAGGCACUUCUGGAGUGAAGGUGCCCUUACCUGAAGCACUGAAGCAGAAGACAAAGAAGGAUGAGCAGUUUGCUCGAUUCCUAGAUAUAUUCAGGAAGGUGCACGUGAACAUCCCACUGAUUGAGGCACUACAGCAGAUGCCGAAGUAUGGGAAGUUUCUGAAGGAGGUGAUAGCCCAGAAGACCAGUUGGGGGCAGGUAGACACUAUUAAUCUAACUGAAAAUUGCAGUGCUCUGCUGCAAAGGAAACUGCCGGCCAAGCUGAAGGAUCCUGGAAGUUUCACUGUCGACUGCCUCAUUGGGGGCUAUAAGGUGGAGAAUGCUCUCUGCGAUCUAGGCGCGAGCAUUAAUCUAAUGCCACUAUCGGUGUUCAAGCAAAUGAACAUUGGUACUUUGAAGCCCACCUCAGCCACACUACAGAUGGCAGACAGAUCUGUCCUGUAUCCAAAGGGCAUCGUGGAAGACCUACUGAUUAAGGUCGGGGAAUUUAUUUUUCCCAUCGACUUUAUGGUCUUGGACAUGGAAGAAGACAAGGGAGUCCCCCUACUGCUAGGACGUCCCUUCCUUGCCACUGCUGAGGCAAAUAUAAACAUGAAAAAGGGAGAGUUGACAAUCUUCAUGGGAGAAGAAAGUCAAACGUUUUCCCAUAAACCGAGAAGCAUGGAUGGAAGAACUGAGGACUGCAAGGUGGUGCGUCUGAAGCACCAAGUGACUACUGAAGAAGGAGGAUCGAGUGCAGUCAGAAAAGUGAAACAGAAGGACUUUUAUGAGCUUCACAUGGAGAUGAUGGCUUCCACUGACUCGGAGCCAAUAACAUGGAUCGAUGCAGACCAUAGUCGCCCUUCACCGGUGCACGCGGUGAUCAUUAUUGAACCCCCUAGGAUGGGGGGAGCCUAUCCCGAGAGAGCCUGA